GUAGCCAGCACAGCACAGCACAGCAGCCUCCUCCUGAAGUCAACCCAACCAUAUAUCAUCCUCACCAAUGUCGACUCAAAAAGCCAUCGUCGUCACCUCCCCCAAGGCGGCCUCCCUGGUCACCGACCGCCCUAUCCCGACUCUCCGCGACGACUACAUCCUGGUCAAGACGGUGAGCGUCGCCCUCAACCCGACCGACUGGAAGCACAUCGCCUAUCUCGCUCCCGAGGGCGUGCUGGUCGGGUGCGACUACUCCGGCGUGGUCGAAGCCGUGGGCCAGAACGUGACCCGAUUUCAGCCGGGCGACCGGGUGUGCGGAUUCGUGCACGGGGCCAACGCAGUGCAGCCCGAGGACGGAGCCUUUGCCGAGUACAUCGUGGCCAAGGCCGACCUGUCCACGCGGAUCCCCUCCACCCUCAGCUUCCAGGAGGCGGCGACGCUAGGCGUGGGCAUCACGACGGUGGGCCAGGCACUGUAUCAGAGCCUGCAGCUGGCCCCGCCCACCGCGCCCACCGCCACUGCCACCCGGGAGUUCGUCCUGGUGUACGGCGGCUCGACCGCGACCGGGGCGCUGGCCAUCCAGUUCGCCAAGCUCUCCGGCUACCGGGUGCUGGCCACCUGCUCGCCGCACAAUUUCGAAUUGGUGAAGCAGCUCGGGGCCGAGGCGGCCUUUGAUUACAAGGAUCCCGCCGCCCCCGUGGAGAUCCGCAAGUAUACCGACAACCAACUCCGGCUGGUGCUCGAUACCAUUUCGCUGGAGGCCAGUGCCAAGUUCUGCGACGCGGCCAUCUCCACGGAGGGCGGCGACUAUACUGCGCUGCUGAAGGUGGGGAUUGAGCGCGAGAAUGUCCGCGAUCGCUGGACCCUUGCCUACACGGCCGUGGGGGAGGACUUUACCUUUGGGGAGACGCAUAUGCCUGCGAAGCCCGAGGACCGCGUCUUCGCGGCCCGCUUCUGGGAGACGGCGCACCAGCUGCUGGCGGAGGGGAAGAUUCGGGUCCAUCGUCCCAAGGUGGGUGCACAUGGACUGAAGGGGGUGUUGGAGGGCUUGGAGCUGUUGAAGCAGGAUAAGGUGAGCGGGGAGAAACUUGUGUAUAAUGUUGAGGAGACUCCUUAGAUGGGGAGAGGGUGUGUGAUGUGAUAUG